AUGGCUAAGGUUACCAGGAAACCAGACAAACGUAGAAAAGUUAUGGAACAAGCAACUCCAAGCACAAAAAAAACAACCACAAAACGGAGAAAGAAGAAGAAGAACCCCUAUCAACCCAGGUCCAGAUAUGGUGGCAAGGUGAAGAAGAUACAAAGGAGAAUAAAAAGACUGCUUCAUGGGCGUUCAAGAAAAACAUCCUCUUGCACUAGUACAGAAAUUCCAAGGAAGGUGAAGAGAGUGAAAAGGGCCAAGAAGUUUCGGCCAUUAACAAAGAGUGAGUAG